CUGCCUCUCUCCUCUCUCUGCAACAGGCUGUAAGGGAGACCACAUCGACAUCCCCCAGACCUCCUUCAGAGGACCUCCUUUCUGCUCUCCUAGGGGGUGUUUAAGGGGCCAUCAGUCCUCAGGAAUCCCCUUUCCUUUUUCAUGCUUGCGGUGACAUGCUGACAUCACCAGAUUUUCAUAUCUGACUGGGAUAUUCCUCUCGCUCUCUGCUGGGAAAGAUUGCAACGCAAUGGAUCUUUGCACCAGUACCAAUCAUUUUCUUGCCUUUGUCUUGGUGGAAUCAUUCAACUAAAUUCCUCCGUGUGACUCUUCACUCCCGUCCGCGACCUCUCCGGCUGCCUGCCGUGCCUGGGACCCCCCCCCCCCCCCCCACGUAAGCCGUGAUGAAGGUGAGGGGAGCUGUAUCGUGGCUGGCCGUCGCCACGCUCGCUCUGUCCUGCGUGCUGACGUACAGCCGCAGCACAGGCACGCUGACAACAUCCGUGGAUGGAGCCGUCGCAGAGAAAAAGGAGGUCAGGUUGCAGCGGAGGGAUGAGGUGCGGGACGAGUACCGUGAUGAGGUGACUGUGGUCCAGCCUGCCAUGGAACCAGAGAUGAGGGCUCCUAGAGGCAGAACCAAAACCCGGAAAUCCAUGGAAGAACCAGUGAAAGGUAGGUCUAGGAAAGCAGCCAGGAAGGAGGCCAGAAGCAAGAAGGACAGAGGUUCCAAGCCCACAAAGUCGCCCAAAAAGAAGAACAAAGGUGACAAGAAAAAUAAAGACAAGUCUGGAAAGAAGAAAAAGAACAAGAAAGUGCAGAUUGAGGACCCCCCGUCUGAACCUCCCCACGUAGAAGAGGAGCCGCUGAUGGUGGUGGACCCCAUCUGGGACCAGUUGGCUUCCACGGAUGUUCCUCCAGUGACUGAAGAUGUGUAUCCAGACCUAGACCACAUUGACCAAUUCUGGAUGGAACCUGAGACUCCAGCUCCCUCAGAUCAUCUGACAGAAAUCAUGGGGAGGGAGGGAGAUGCAAUAUAUCCAGAGAUUCUGGAAGAGACAAGUGAAAACGACAGCAAUGAACCAGAAGGAAGUGACCGAUUCUGGGUGGUACCUGAGACCCCGUCUCCCUCGGACCUCGUCACAGAAGUCAUGGGCAGGGAAGGAGAUGAUUACUGGGAUGCGACAUAUGACUUACCAGAAGCCUACCCAUACGGCAAAGAGGUCCUUCCUACAGAGCUCUCUCCCACCUCAGAGACCCCCCCGCCACCCUUUGAAAACUCAUUGUACUACGACUACGAGGAUUUAUACCAUGUAAGGAUUCCAGAAGAGACAAGAGAAAAAGAGAGGAAGGAAAUGGAAGAAGAAAAACAGAGACGAUGGGAAGAGGUGGAAAAGGCACGACGGAGACCUCCUCCCAUUUUCACAGAGGAAAAAAAAUGCCCUCCGCUGGGCAUGGAGUCCCAUCGUAUUGAGAAUGACCAGCUCCUAGCAUCCUCUAUGUCCAGCCUUGCCUUCAACCCACAGAGGGCCCGGCUCAAUAUGCAGGCCUCGGAUGAUGAGGAAGAUGUAUAUGGAGGAGCAUGGUGUGCCAAUCCCGAAGAGAGGGAGAACUGGUUUGAGAUAGAUAUGCGGCAUGACACAGAGUUCACUGGAGUCAUCACCCAGGGCAGGGAUUCUGACAUGAGCAAUGACUUUGUCACCUCCUACUAUGUGGCCUUCAGCAAUGACAGCCGGGAGUUCAAUAUACUUGAUGACGGCUACGCUGAGUGGCUGUUUGUGGGGAAUUUGGACAAGGACACCCCUGUGGUGUCACAGUUCAUAGAGCCCGUGGUGGCUCGCUAUAUCCGGAUCCUGCCUCAAUCAUGGAACGGCAGCCUGUGCAUGAGACUGGAAGUGAUGGGAUGCCCACUGCCCAGUAGUAACAGCCACCAGAUUCAGAAUGAAGUUAUUUCAGUAGAUGACUUGGACUUCAGAUACCACAGCUACAAAGACAUGGCAGAGAUGAUGUACUCAAUCAAGAACGAGUGUCCGAAUAUCACCAGAUUGUACGACAUUGGGGAGAGCUUCAAAGGACUGAAAAUCUAUGCCAUGGAGAUCUCGGACAAUCCUGGGGAGCAUGAGCUGGGUGAACCGGAGUUUCGCUACACAGCUGGACUUCAUGGAAACGAGGCUUUGGGACGAGAACUGCUGUUGCUGCUUAUGCAGUUCCUGUGCAAGGAAUACAAAGACGGCAACCCUCGCGUGCGCCGGCUCGUGGACUCGAUACGUAUCCACCUGGUGCCAUCGCUCAACCCUGAUGCCCAUGAGCUGGCAUUUGAAGCGGGCUCAGAGAUGGCAACCUGGGAACUUGGACACUGGACAGAAGAGGGAUAUGACAUUUUCCAGAAUUUCCCAGACCUCAACAGCAUCCUGUGGGCAGCAGAGGAUAAGGGCUUGGUUCCACAAGUGACACCCAAUCACCAUAUUCCUAUUCCAGAGCACUUCCUGAAUGGCUCGUUUGCAGUGGAGACCAGGGCAAUCAUAUCCUGGAUGGAGAGUUACCCAUUCAUGCUGGGAGCCAAUUUGCAGGGGGGAGAGAAGGUUGUCGCAUACCCCUUUGAUAUGCGCCAGGGAAUCAAGGAAAAGGUCGAGAAUGAGAGGAGACGGACAGUACGGCAGUAUGAGGAAGAGGAUGAAGAUGAAGACCCAUGGCAUGGCUUCUACCCAGAGAGCGAGGAGGAGCUAAGAGAGAUAGCUGACGAGUCCAUAUUCCGCUGGCUGGCUGUUUCGUUUGCCUCCACCCAUCUUAGUAUGAUCAACAACCACCGUGGCUCCUGCCAGAAGAAUGAUCUUGCCCGUGGUGUGGGCAUCGUCAAUCGUGCCAGAUGGAAGCCUACCGUUGGCAGCAUGAAUGACUUCAGCUAUCUGCAUACCAACUGCUUCGAGCUCAGCAUCUUCCUUGGCUGUGACAAGUUUCCCCAUGAAAGUGAGCUCGCACAGGAGUGGGAGAACAACCGAGAAGCACUUUUGGUCUACAUGGAGCAGGUACAUCGGGGGAUCAGGGGAGUGGUGAGGGACCGGGAGGGAAACCCCAUAGCCAAUGCGACCGUGUCUGUCGAUGGGGUGAACCACGAUGUCAGGACAGCGGACUCUGGAGACUAUUGGCGGCUUCUGAAUCCUGGGGAGUACCAUGUGACAGUGCGCGCAGAGGGCUUUGCCCCCCUAACACGCCUCUGUGUAGUGGGCUUUGAACCAGGAGCUACUCCCUGCAGCUUCACCCUCAACAAAUCCAACUGGGAUCGCAUCUUGCAGAUCAUGCAAAUGAACGGCCAGAGGUCCCUCCGACUUUUGUCCAACGGUCGGCCGGGAGGCGGGCACUGGCAGUCCAGGAUGAACACCAGUUGGAGAAGACCUGUCAGUCAUGGCUCACGCCAGCGGCCUUUCCGUCGACCGCAGCAACAGAGACCGAGAGCCAAUGCUGGCAAGAAUUUAUCCCCGGAGACAACACCCCCAACAACCACACCACCCACAACCACACCCCCAACAACCACACCCCCAACAACCACACCCCUAACAACCACACCCCCAACGACCACACCCUUCCCUGCCACUCCUGUGCCAGAGUUCCCACUAGAGAUUUCCACCUCCUUGUAUGAUUCCUGGUACAAUGAAUACAUAAGCACUACCAUCAGUCAGCCACCUGACAGUACUCCAGAGUACUACGAGUAUGAACACAACACAGAUUAUUAUUAAACAAAAAUCACAACAUGCA